GUUACAGUGACAUUAAUAGACAUUUCUGUAAAUGUGUGUAAUUUACAGCCGCUAACUGCAGGUGGAGCUGUUGUGUAGCUAACUGAACCAGCUGACAAAGCUAACGUUAGCAUGCUAACAUCUGAGCCGUUUAGAGUGAGUAAAUAGCGUCAGUUAGCUUAGCAUAGUCACAUACUUCCCUCUCAUUAUAAACUGCAUGUCUGCAGACAGAAAUAACACUAACACCUACAUUCACAGAUUUAUCUUUUAGCCUCUAAAACUAAUGUUUGGAAGUUGCUAGCUUGUGACACUACAGUGACUUCCUGUUUACAUAGUUAAUUGCUCCUGAUUGGACGUUUAUCUGAAGGCAACAGGCCGCCUGAAAUCUGAUUGGCCACCCCAGGUGUCACCCCGUUAUCCUAAACUAUGAUUGGCUCUCUGCCCGGUCGGGGGGGCGGGAUCUUAAUUCAAAACAACAGUUUGAGGAGGACUUCGUUUCCUUCUGUAGGUGGAGUUUCGUAGCGGUGUAGAGCUACAGGACAGGUCGCCAUAACGUAAAUCAUUAAGUUUUAGGGUGGAGACUGGGUUUAAGGUUAGCUUCCGGCAAGUAGUGGUAAAUGUAAUGUCCCUGAAAGUGAUGGAAACACGACUGUGUGUGUGUGCGCGCGCACUUCAUGCAGGCCAGUGGGCCACUCGGGCCACCAAACAGUCUGGACCACUGGCCAUAAUGUCACGUGAGAGUUUUUAACUUAGCUGGUGUGAGGAGCAGCACCGCCUGGGUGGAGCUCAGCCUCCACCUCCACCCAGGAUCAAUAAAGCUUCACCGCCCGAUAAUAUCACAUCACAAGUUACAUGUUGAUUAUGUAGUUGGCCAAUCAGGGAGCGGCUCCGUGUGCGGGUCUGGCCGGGCUCGUCCCGGACACGAUCCGGUUCUGGUGUGAACGGCGUGGAGCCGGAGGAAGCGCGUGCCCCCCGGCUGUAAACAAGAGGCGGCGCUGCAGGAAGUGCUCCGCGUGUGUUGGAGGGUCAGUCUGCAGUCAUGAAGUCUGUGGCGGUCCCGGUCCUGGUCCUGGUCCUGGUCCUGUCCCUCCUCUGGUACCACACUGACGGAGUCCACAUCGUAGACCCGAACCGGAACUCUUCCGAUGUGGGUGUGGAUCUGUCCGCGGUGAUCCGCCGGGUGGACCGGCGCUUUCUGUCCGUCACCAUCGAUGCCAGCCUGGCUUCGGAGGAGAAGUUCGUGUACCUGCUGGCCUCUCCAAAGGUCCGGACUUUGGCCAAAGCGUUAAGUCCGGCUUUUCUGAGGUUUGGGGGGACCAGACAAGACUUCAUGGUGUUCACCCCGCAGAGGCGCCGGCCGGCCUCCGGCCUCACUGCAGAGCAGUCCUGUGAUGAGCUGGAGUUGCCCUCCUGGCUGGAGGAGAGGCUGAAGAAGGAGUGGACUCAACAACAACUGAUCCUGAUGAGAGAAGACCUGCGGAGGAAGUACAGAAGAGUGAAGUUCACAGAUGAUACACCGCUGGACAUUUCUCUCUCUUCUGCUGAUCCCACUCCUAUAAACAAGACAUUACACCUCUGUUACCUUCCUCCUGCGACAGAGUACACUGUAGAUCUGCUGCACUCCUUCGCCAACUGCUCGGGGAUGGAUCUGAUCUUCGGGCUGAACGCUCUGCUGAGAACAGCUGACAACGCCUGGAACAGCAGCAACGCCCGCUCGCUGCUGCAGUACUGUGAGUCCAGACAGUACAGGACGUCCUGGGAGCUGGGCAACGAACCAAACAGCUAUGAGAAGAAGGCAGGGGUUCGAGUGGAUGGAUAUCAGCUGGGACAGGAUUUCACCCGUCUCAGAGAGAUGAUGUCACAAUCCAAACUGUACCAGGACGCCGGACUGUACGGGCCGGACGUCGGUCAGCCACGAGACCACCGGACAGACAUACUGGAGGGGUUCCUGCAGAGCGGAGCUGAGGCGGUGGACGCCUGCACCUGGCACCAUUAUUAUGUGAACGGGAGAGACACGUCGGUGGAGGACUUUCUGGAUCCAGAGGUUCUGGACUCUCUGGCCUUAAAGACCAAUGAAGUCCUGGAGACAGUGAAGCUGGUGUCUCCUGGGAAGGCGGUGUGGCUGGGGGAGACGAGCUCAGCCUACGGAGGAGGAGCCGUCGGACUGUCGGACACGUUCGUCGCAGGCUUCAUGUGGUUGGAUAAACUCGGCCUGGCAGCCAGACUCGGCCUGGAUGUCGUGAUGCGGCAGGUGUUCAUUGGUUCUGGGAGUUACCACCUGGUCGACGAGAACCUGGAUCCUCUUCCUGAUUAUUGGUUGUCUGUUCUCUACAAGAGACUCGUCGGACCGGAGGUUUUGAAAAUCGAAGCUUUUUCCAGCUUUGCUCGUAGUAAAAGAGUGAGGCUGUAUCUGCACUGCUCGAACAAAAAGAGUUACAGCAGCGGAGCGGUCACGUUGAUAUCCAUGAACCUCAGUAAGAAGCCGGCCAGGAUCUCCGUUCCUGCACUCGUCUCCUCGAGCACAGUGGAGGCUUUUGUUCUUCAGUCGGGGGAGGAGGGGCUCUACUCCAGGUCUGUGAAACUGAAUGGAGAAGUGUUGAAGAUGGUGGACGAUAAAACUCUUCCCGCCUUAAAAGGGAGCCGCCUGCCUCCGGCCGAACGUCUGCAGCUUCCUGCGUACUCGCUGGCCUUCUUCGUCCUCGCAGACGCUCGGGCCGCAGCCUGCAUCCCGGCCCGCUGACAUCAGCACGGACUCCUCAGGUGACAUGUUUCUGCACACGGUCGUCACUACUGAAACCAGCUAAUUUAACGCUGAGAGCUGCUCGUCGCUGGACUGGAAUUACUUGAACUCAAGUGACCUGAGACAGCAAAUAGAUUUGGUGCUGUUUUGUUUUGUUGACGUUCUCUCAUACAACGGAUGCUGGAGUGUCUUAUUCAUGGAAAAAUAUUACAUGCUGUGCUAAUAAAGAUUUUAUUUACUAAUUGCGUUACACAAAGGUGGUGACGCUUGUGACCCAAACCA